AUGGCGAGUGAUUGUGCGAUUGACACGAAGAAAUACUCUCUCUUGGAGGAUUUUAAUGUCGAUGUUGAUGUGGAAAACCAAGAAUUUGAGACUUUCUCUCUUUGUUUCUGGGUUUAUCUCUUAGAUUCCACUACUUACCCUUCUACACUCAUCAGACAGGUUCACUCGGACAUGAGUGUUAGUGCACCUUUCCUUGUGCUAGAUGAAAACAAGAAGAUGAUGCUUUUGCCAUUGACUCUCCUUCACAAGGAAGCUCCUGAUCCUGUUAACAUUUCUUCUUGGACCGAAGUUCCUAAUGUUUCUACAAACGCUGAGUUUCCUCUUCAAAAAUGGGUUCAUGUUGGUUGUGAGGUUUCUAGAAACUACAUGCGCCUUCAUAUUUGCGGAGAGAUUGUUGGAGAGCAAGUAUUGACUUCUUUGAUGACCAAUGGUGCUAAUUCAGAUUGUUCUCAAAAGAUUACGCUAUUUAGUGUUGGUGGAGAUGGUUAUAGCGUUCAGGGUUUCAUCUACUGUGCAGAAGCUUUGGCUUCUAGUGUCCCUGUUAACUAUCAUUACACAAAGGAUCCACCUCUAUUGUUGUCUGUUGAGAAGCCAUCCACAUCGGGAAUUGAAUUAGAUGAAGAUGGUGUUUGGAGUAUCGUUGGCGGAAAGAUGUUUUCCUUGGAUGUUGUUUUAUCCAAUGCUAUUGGACAGCCUGUGCACAAGGAUGUGAAGGUUGUGGCUUCUCUUCUGUAUGCUGAUAGUGGGACGUCUGUUGAGAAGACGAUUGACUCUGACUCUGAGCCUCCUCUUUUGGUAAGCUAUGAAGGAGUUGAAUUUGCAGCUGAAGAUAAACCGUGCAACUUAUUGAACGGACAUGCUUCAUUCAAGCUCAAAAUAACUCAGCUUUCUUCCAAGAGCGAUAAGAGGUUGUUCUGCAUCAGAUUCGAAAUACCUGAAGUGAAGGGUUAUUAUCCUUUCCUCGAAACGGUUACCAACCAAAUCCGUUGUAUUUCGAGGAAAUGUGAUUCUGUUACCCCUAUCAGUUUGAACCACGUUGACUAUCCAUUAGAUAGAGGAGAACCAGAAAUUGCAUCAAGGAAUAGAACAUCAGAUUUUCUACAUAGCGCUUCCUCUAUGAAACGGAUCAGAUUAGGAGAAGAAAAGAUGUCUGAGAAAAACACCGAAGUUAGAGACUCUACGGUUUUAAGGAGAUAUACAAUCUCAGACUCUAUGAUUUUCAAAUACUGCCUUGGAAACUUAACAGAGAGAUCUCUUCUUCUGAAGGAAAUCACAAACAAUUCAUCAGAUGAAGAAGUUUCGGAAUUUGCCGAUCAAGUUUGUCUCUAUUCCGGAUGCUCCCACCACAGCUAUCAAAUCAAAAUGGCAAGAAAACUGAUAGCAGAAGGAACAAAUGCGUGGAUUCUGAUCUCUCGGAACUACCAACAUGUUCAUUGGGAUAAUGUGGUCAUUGAGAUUGAAGAACAUUUCAUGAGAAUAGCUAAAUGUAGCAGUAGAUCUCUCACUCAUCAGGAUUUUGAGCUUCUAAGGAGAAUAUGCGGAUGCUAUGAGUACAUAACUCAAGAGAAUUUUGAGAAAAUGUGGUGUUGGUUGUUCCCUGUUGCUUCUGCUAUAUCCAGGGGAUUGAUUAACGGAAUGUGGCGCUCUUCUUCGCCUAGAUGGAUCGAAGGGUUUGUGACUAAAGAAGAAGCGGAACAUGCGCUUCAAUGUCAAGAACCAGGCACUUUCAUUCUCAGGUUCCCUACCUCAAGAAGCUGGCCACAUCCUGAUUCUGGUUCUUUGGUUGUUACUUAUGUCGGUCGUGAUUUCCUUAUUCAUCAUAGAUUACUCACAAUCGAUCACAUCUGCGAUUCGAGUGAAAGGUAUACAGAUGCGAAACCGUUGCAAGAUAUGCUUUUGGCGGAACCUGAGCUAUCUCGGCUUGGAAGAUUUGCUAAGUCCCUUACUACUGAUACUAACUUAUGUAAAGCUCAAUGA